AUGAAAAUUAUUCAUCCAUAUUAUCCAAAUGCUAUUAUUACUACGCGACAUUUACUUACACAUACAGCUGGUAUUGGAGUCAAUCUUGCAGAAGAAUAUAAACUCUAUCUUCCUGGUGAUGAUUUUACAAAAACAAAUCUUGGUGAUAUCAUUGAAAAAUAUCUAAGUUAUAAUAAUAGUUGGUUACCUGUAUCACCUGGUCAUAAUAUAACAUCUUAUUCAAAUAUAGGAGCAAGUUUAGCUGCAUUUAUUGUUGAACGUGUAGCUAAUAUGUCAUUUGAAGAAUAUGUUCAAGAAAAAAUAUUAAAAGUAUUGGGUAUUGAUAAAAAGGAUGCCGGUUAUCGAUUAAGUAAUUUUCAGGAUAAAAAAGAAUAUCUUGUUGGUCAUUAUGUUUAUAAUGCAUCAUGGCUUCAAACAUUUCAACAUAUGGUGCCUCAAUUAAAUGUUUCCCGAGUUGAUAAUUCUUCUGAUUGGUUAUACGUUCCUUUUUAUGGUAUUAGUAGAUAUCCAGCUGGUUAUUUACGCAUGUCAGCUUACUCAUUGAGUCUAUUUUUCCAAUCAUUUCUUAACAAUUUUACACAACUUUUACAUAAUUUAUCUUCUGUUGAAGAAAUUAUUCAUGUUGCACCACAAACAAGUUAUUUAAAUAUGUCAGACAGUAAAUAUGGUCUUAUGUGGUACUGGAAAGUUAUAGGUGGACGACGUUUAAUUGGACAUGAAGGAUCAGUACCUGGUAUAACAACUAUAAUGAUGGCAAAUGAAAAAAGAAAUUUAGGCGUAAUUAUACUAACAAAUGGAGAUACAGUGCGAAGCGAUAGUCAAUCGGAUGAAGUCCAAAACACAAUAAUUAAUAUAACCAAAGAUCUAUUUGAUUGUUUCGAAAACUUAACGAAUAAAAGUUCUGCAUAUCGAUCAUAUAACUUUUUUUUAAUCUAUGGAAUUAUUAGUAUAUUAUAUUUUUUAUAUUUAAUGUUUUGA